AUGGAGUUUAGAUGUUUGUUUCCAAAAAAUCAAUUCCCAGUGGGGAGUUUGGGGUCCCACAGUCCCACGACCCACAGACCACAGUCCCACAGCCUCCGAAAAAUGUCGGGCCAGGCUGAAUCCCCAACUAAAGCGCUCGUCCCCAACGACUCCUUGCAUAAUGACCAAUGGAAAUUGGAUUUACAAAAAUCUACCACAGUCCUCUCUGCACAGGUCAAUACUCUACAGGCUAAUCUCAACCAAAUGUCGGGACCGGCCCUACCAACCCUGGACAAUAAUGGGCCCAUCUCCAAAGAGCCUCUGGCUGACGACCAAUGGAUAUUAACCAUGCACCAAAUACUCGCUGAACUCUGUGCCAAAGUGAACAACCUCGAAUCCGAACUCCGAGACCUUAAAUCCCAAACCUGUCCCCUACUGCAGCCGCCAGUACCCGCACACCUUCUGACGAAAGUGAUGGGCCGCCCGAUGCCGGACAAAACUCUCCAUGAAAUGGAUGACAUCACUCCGACAUUCUCCAAUGUACCACAGACCGGCUCCAGAAGGCAUAUCAAGCAAAACAUACUACAAACCGCUUGUCACCUAACCCACGAAUCCCGACAGGCGCUAACACACAGUCAGAACGUGCGCAGCCCGGACGACCCCACGUACCAACGGUCUUCCCGCACAGCCUUAACCUUCCAUAUCGAUUUUGAGUCAGGUUGA